AUGGGUUUUACUCGGAUUUUGUUCUUGACACUGCUUUUUGUUUGGGCUGCCGAUGUUCAAUGUCAAAACGUCAAGAUUUUCAACGUGAAGAAAUAUGGUGCAAUCCCUGAUGGCAAGACUGAGAAUAGCAAGGCAUUCGUGGAAGCAUGGAAAAAUGCAUGUAAAUGGAAUGGAAAGGCUGUGGUUUUGGUGCCAGCAGGAACAUACCUGCUAGACUCGGUGAAAUUUGAGGGCGAAUGCAAGGGUUACAUGAUAUUUAGGUUGAAAGGGAAUGUAAUGGCCGUGAGCAAACUGAAGGAUAUUAACCAAUGGAUUACUUUCAAAUAUGUUAAUGGCUUAACUUUGACCGGUCGUGGCACCUUCGAUGGCCAAGGAUACAAGUCAUUAAGGCUUGAAUUCAUCAGAAAUGGAAAACUGCAAAACAUAAGAUCAAUCAACAGCCAAAAUGCCCAUGUUUCCAUCUUCGCCGGCAGCAACUUCAAUAUCACUAAUGUCAAGUUGUCUGCUCCUCAAGAUAGCCCUAAUACUGAUGGGAUCAAGAUUAGUUCCUCGGAAGAAAUAAGGAUUACACGCACAUCAAUCAGUACAGGGGAUGAUUGUGUUGCCAUACUCAAUGGAAGUAAAAACACUCACAUUUCUCAAGUUUUCUGUGGCCCUGGACAUGGAAUCAGUGUUGGGAGUAUGGGAGGGAAUACAGUUAUCGAUAAUAAAGACAUUGUGGUGGGGUUGGCCGUGACGAACUCCACUUUUACCAAUACCAGCAACGGUUUAAGAAUCAAAACAUGGGCAUCUCGCUAUGAAGGUCUUGCUUCUGGUUUCACUUACGAAGACAUCAUAAUGAACGACGUCGAACAUCCCAUUAUUAUUGAUCAGCAAUAUUGCCCUAGUUCUUCCUGUGAUUCCAAGACUGCUUCACGUAUUCAAAUCAGGGAUAUUACAUACAGCAACAUUAGGGGUACUUCGAAGUCGAAGGCAGCAGUGACAUUAAAGUGCAGCAGCAUCGUUCCAUGCAACAAUAUAGUGCUGAAGGAUAUCAGAUUGGUGUAUACAGGAAAUCUAGGUCCUGCAAGUUCAAUAUGUUCUAAUGUCCAUGGUUACUCUUAUGGCCAUCAAAACCCACCCCCAUGCUUUCGCUCGGCAUAG